UCACAUCAUACGCAGCGCACUGACAAAACACAUCGCAAUCUCACACAGCGGGGAGUGAGUGAGCUCUUACUGACAAUAUCCCCAAGUUGUACAGGGACUCUUUGGCAGUUUCGCUUCUCCACCAAGCGACAAGGAACUGAUACCAGUUUGAUUUUAAUACUGCACGACAGCAUCGAGACGCCAAUUUCCAAAAAACUAGGUUCCAGCUUUGUACUUGUCUGACCUUCAGCGGUCUUCAGCCCACUCAUAGACGGGCACACAGUCAUGUAGAGAGGAGAGAAUCGAGGACACCCGGGUCACUUUCAGCACUUUCGUCACAAAGAGACACCCCCUCCACUGUUCGGGCUGGACUGCACAGCAGCCCGCCCCCCGCGUCCCCCAGCCAUGUCGUCACGCAUCGCCAUGCGCCUGCAGCUUAUGCGGGACCAGAUGCAGCAGGAGGAGCAGCGGGAGCGGCAGCAACAGCAGGCAGCAGCCAUGCAUUACAUGCAACAACGCAUGCCGGCCCCACCCACACCCUCACCCGCCAUCAGCGCUCCAUCUCACUUCCAGGCGCCCAUGCAGGUGCCCGUCGAAGUGCUAAAGGUGCAGACUAAUCUUGAGAACCCCACAGACUACCACCUCCGGCAGUCUCAGCGGCAGCAGCUCAAGGAGUACCUGUCCACUACCUUUGCCACCAAGCAGGCUGUGCACGCUGCAACAAGCUUGGUUCAGCCUUCUCCACCACCCACCAUGGCCCAGGGUCAGACAGGAACUGUCCCACCUCCUAUACCAUCUCCAUGCAUGCGCACAGAGCAGCUCAUGAACUCUGCUGGGAACAGCGCACCCAACAGUCCCAUGGCAAUGCUCAACAUUGGCUCCAGCCAUGAGAAUGAGAUGGAUGAUGUUAUUGAUGACAUCAUGAGCCUGCAGUCCAGUUAUGAUGACAUCCAGGCUUAUAUUGAUCCUGUGGUGCAGAUGCCAAACACACUCCCACUGUCUAGCAGCCAUUUGGAUGUGUACAUGGGGCCAGGUAUGACCGGACAAGCAGUCGCCAUGUCCAGCAAUUCCUGCCCUGCCAAUCUGGCCAUCAAGAGAGAGGCCCCAGAUGGUGACGUCCGUGCCAUGGCUAAAGAAAGACAGAAGAAAGACAACCACAACCUGAUUGAAAGGAGACGAAGAUUUAAUAUCAAUGAUCGAAUUAAGGAGCUGGGAACCAUGAUCCCCAAAACCAAUGAUCUGGAUGUGCGCUGGAAUAAAGGCACGAUUCUGAGGGCCUCUGUGGAGUAUAUUAAACGGAUGCAAAAAGACGUCCAGAGAACCAGAGAGGUGGAGAACAACUUCAGAAAGAUGGAGAUGGCCAACAAACAUCUAUGGCUCCGCAUUCAGGAACUUGAGAGGCAGGCUCAAAUGCACGGCCUUCCCAACACCUCUCCAUCAGGCCUGAACAACACUGAGAUUCUGAACCCCUUCAUCAAGCAGGAGAACAGUCCCGAGGAGAACCACCUCCCGCAUCAGCACCACCUCCCCCCUCACUACCCCCAGCAGCAUCAGGGUCAGCCCCGGCCUCAUCCUCAGCUUCACCAGCACCUCCACCCUCAGCCCCCGCUGCAGUAUCCAGCUGUCGGCAGCUCCCAGCACUUUGACUUUGCCCAGUCACUGGACUUAUGUGACAGUGGCAUUCUAGGAUAUCAGGAUGGGAUGGGUGGCAUGGGGGAUCUCGGCUCAUUGGGCGGAGGCAUCGCACACAUGGGAAAGAAGAAUGAGCUGGGUUUCUUACUAAUGGAUGAGACCUUAUCGCCUUUGGGCGGAGACCCGCUGCUAUCAGCCAUGUCCCCUGAAGCUUCUGUGGACAGCAGCCGUCGUAGCAGUUUUAGCAUUGAGGAUUCAGACGUACAGUGAUGUUGUCACUGUGCCACACGAAUAUACAACAGAUAUUGCAAAUAUUACACAGUUAGCAGAAAAUACGGUUUAGGUACUUUUUCACGUUUUGUCUGGCGCACAAAUCGAAACAUCAUGCUUUUAGUACGAUUUCUUACUUUUGUAUACAAACCCUUUUUUUGCUCCACACAGCUGUUGGCAAAAAUCAGUAUAUGCACAUAAUGAUACAUAGAUAUAUACUGUAACAAAACAAACUGAAAUGCUUGAAUCCUGUCACCUAGAGUUGGCUUAUAUUGUACAACAAUUGAGAAACCCUGCAAUAUAACAGUGCACCAGUACAACCAUCAAAACGUCCAUUUAGAUAUUGUUUUGCAACCCAAAAUGUAGCGUUCGAGAAAAACCCUAAAAUAUGCAUCUCCAUCUUAAAAUCAUAACCACAUUUAAGUCACAUUUAAUCUCUGUCUUGCACUGUAAAAAUGCUUCAUUUUAUAGCUUUAUCAUAUACACUAUCAAGCAUUAAAGGUGCAGUGUGUACAUUUUAGCAGCAUCUAGUGGUGAGGUUGCGAAUUGCAACCAACAGUCCAAUGCUCACCCCUCGCUUUUGAAACGCAUAGAGAAGCUAUGGUAGCCGCCACCAGAAAAACAUGUCACAUCGGAGACAACUUAGUAAAAAAGGUUUGGGUUCUGUAGAAACAUGGCGGCACAAAAUGGCGACUUCCCAUUAAGUGGUCCCUUGGGUGUAUGUAGAUAAAAACGUCUCAUUCUAAGGUAAUAAAAACAUAACGGUUCAUUAAAAAAGGUCUUUAUACACCCCUGAUAAUAUAGUUUUGUAUAUUAUUUUGCAUUUCUGUCAAGAGAUCCUUAUUAAAGUUACACACUGCACCUUUAAGGUCAAAACAUGUGCCCCAGCUGUCACUGGAGCAGCACCCUUUUAAAAAGUACAGCUUUGCAUCUAAAGAGUUCAUAUUAGUACCUCAGAGGUACAUAAUGGUACCAAUGAAAGCCUGUUAGUACCUCAAAUAUACAUUUUAGUACCUCAAAGGUAAAUGUUGUUACCACAUACUUAUCUAAUGGUACAUAUUAGGACCUUUUAAAGGGUACUGAACCAGUGAUAGUGAUAUGCGUAAUCAGCCAAAGUCUGCAUAUUUAUGCGGGGGCCGCAUUUUUUAAAAACGCCGCACUUUCGCCGCAUAAAUUGCAGAUUUCUGCUUGCAAAAUAUGCGGGGCUUGCAUGAUUUCAAAAAAUCAAUAAAAAGCUGCAAACAGUUUUUGCAAGUUCACGCAAUUUCAUCGCAUAAAAUUGCAUAAAUAUCCCGCAUAUUCCAUAGCAUUUUUUAAGAAAAAGUGCUGCAAGAUCAAGGAUUUUUUCCUGCAACAAUCACAAAAGAACUCCGCUUUUUCUGGAAGGACUGAUUAGUCUUUUUCCAAUAGUGAAACAUAUUUUUUCCUAAUAAAUAGAUUGGAAGCAUUUUCUAUGAUUAUAUCACCACAUCUAAGCUCUUAGACAGACAGAGGGAAAGCUUGCUCCAUCAUAGCAAUAUGCAAAAUCAGCUUCCUUCCAGGUUCCCACAGACAAAAACCUUUUGAAAAAGUGUAUUUAAAGGGACUGUAAGUAGGAUUUUAAGUGUUUUAUUAAUCAAAAUCAAUGUCUUUAUUCAUUAAUAUGUCCUCAUUGGUGUCAUAUACCUCUGCUAGUGAUCUGACUUUUCUUUGUAAGCUUAAGGGGGUUGCACACCGGCCGCGCCGUUCUAAAAAAAUCGAACACAUUGUUUUUUAUGAGUAUACGCACACUGGCGCCACCAGGUGGUGCCUGUCCGCGCCGCCCAGCUUUGACUCUGGAAGUUGCUCAAAUCCCUGUCGUGCCACACAGCGCCACUCACAUAGUUUAACAUUAAAUAACAUCAUAUUGUCCCAAAUCAUAAACGAUUAACAUUGGCUGCUAACAUAUAUUUUUUAUUUUGAAGUAGACGCUAUCUGACGAAGCUCGCGCUAUUUAAUGUGCACUUCCGGUUUACGAUACCUCCGAGUUGUCGUAGACGCGACGCUGAGCUGCGCGGCCGGUGUGCGACCCCCUUCUCUUUACUUACAUUGAACGGGUAAGUCCAAAGAGGCUUCCAUGUCGUUCGGCCGUAUUAAUAAACUAUAAUAGCAGAGAGGGACAAAAAGCACUAGCCUACCAACGCGUUUCCACAACGCGUUUUCAUUCAGAACACGUGAACCAGCUGAAACAGACAAGGAGAUCAGCGAUUACAUAACGGCUACCGUAGUUGCAACACGCAUUUGGAAAAGCGAGGCGCUAGAGAGCACUGUUCGUUUGAAUGCAAAAUACAAUUUCACCACUAGAUGGGGGAAAAUCCUACUUAUUGUCCCUUUAAAAGUCUAAAAUGUCUACAAAUAAAGCAAUACAUUUUCCAGUUAUGUUCUUCAAAAUAUUUCAUCCGCAAAUAUUGCUCUUGGGUAGAGUUAAACUUGUGCACAGGCUAUGCAAUGUCUUGUUUGUCAGUGAAUCAUUAUUUUCACUUCUUUCCAACCAAUUCACAAAUGAGUGUAAAUGAUUUAAAAUUGCAACAGUACAAAAGUUUAAUGAUUUUAGUCACAAAUGACUGGAGAAGGGUCACGGAAAUUCAUUGGUGAAAGUGUGGGAACCCUGCAAGCUUUCAUUACUGUCUGUUAAAGCGUAAAGUCUCGUCCUAUACUACCACUGGUUAGUAUUUCAGACUAUUGGGUGCAAUUCUCCACUAACACGAAGAGAUAAAAGAAACCUGCCACAGUGCCUGACACAAACAUUAGUUUUACACAAAUACAUUUUGAUGUAGCAGCUCUUGUUAUUACUGAGGACAAAACAAUGCAUGCAGGCUUUGUUUGUUUAACAGAACAGAGCAGGUGCUAGUGUGACCGUUGAUUCAGUGAAGGUACAGCAGAAUGCAAAAUAAAUUAACUAUUUAGUGUUGCAAUAUACUCCUAGUAAGGUGCCUUAAAGCCAAGGCUGGAUUCUUCAAAAAGCACAAGGUGAAAUGUCCUCGCACGUUGGCACGCAGUAAAAUAAAGCCAACAGCUGCGAGUGGCAUUUGCCAAGCUCAAAUUUAAACAGCCAAGGUGCCUUUCAGGGAACCUGGAUCAAAUUUCAGGUUGAUUUUAUUGUUGUUGUAAAGAAAGUAAAUAUGUUGAAAAGGUAUACAGAUUUAUUUUCUCAAAGCACUGGAGAAACCAAUUAUAAUUUUAUUGACAUUAUAAAGAUUUUAUGAAGUGAAUUUUAUUUCAAAUGUUUUAUGCCACUAAGCCACUUAAAUGUAUUUUAUCUGUCCUUUUUUAUUUUAUCUUCUAAAAAAUAUUCUUCACUGCCGAGCCAUUGAAAUAUAAACAUAUUUCUAAUGCCAUUCUGUUAUGAAAAUGGCAAGUGUGGAGCCAUAUAUAUAUAUAUUUUUUGUACAAAAUCAUUAAAACACAUCAGGCUUUUAAGAAAUUAAAAGAGCAUGUAAAUGUUGUUUUUAUAUUAUUUGAUUCUUUUUUAAGAAAAGGUGAUACUGUUAAGUUGGUGAUUCGUUGUUUCAUUCGAUAUUGAUUGGAGAAUGUGAAUUUUAUGUAUUGUACAGUUCAGUAGAUUAAAUUUAAGAUGGUUUGUAGUCUGCCUGUGUUAAACAUGAGCUUUAAUAAGUUUCCUAAAAACAUUUUCCAAAUGAUACACUUAUUGUUUAACUACCACCUCCUCUCUCUGUUUUAUUGCUUUAUUAUUUUAAAGGUACAGUCCAUAAGUGCUGAAACAGCACCAUUUACCACUCAGUCAUGAAAAUACAGGGGAGACACCACCACCGGUGUUUUAUACAUUAUUGCAGGGGUUUAUGACUAAAUGCCUGCCAAUGGCAGCAAUUAUAGAUCACCACAAGUAUAACCGACCAACUUGUUAAGCUGGGUUGGUUACUCUAUGCAAAUCUUUGACUUGGUUAGCUAGACAAGAAAAAGUAAAAAAUAAGCAAGGGCAUUUUUGGAAAUGUAGCUGUAGCUAAAAAUGGGGCUUCUAAUUUUGCUUGUGUGACAUUUUUGUUUUUAGCCAUGCGCCAAGAAUGAAAAGGUUUGCUAUUAAAAAACGAAAAUAAAUCACUUGAAGUAAAAGAGUUUGCUUUGGUAAAAUAUCUUGAUGAAAAUACUUAUUUACAGCAUGCUGAAAGACAAUACAAACAGAAUGUGACUCAAGUUUUUACCAAACCUCUCUGAAGGCCGUGAGAAUGUUUCAUUACUGUGGAUGUGUCAUGUAUAUGGGAUUUGCUCUUUCAAAAUCUCUGGAAGAAAUGACAGCUCUAAUUAAACAUAUUUAAGAUGA